AUGCUGCACUCUUCCCUGCUGGCCGGAAAAGUGUCCCCUGGGCUGUGCCGAAAAGGACUGGGGGGGGACAGUGAGAGUAACCGCCCUGACCAAACAGGCCUGUGUGCGCGGCUCCCCGGGCCCGGUGCACAGACCAAACCGCACAAGCACACGGAGGCCCUCUGCUCGUGUCGUGUCCCCCACGUCCCACCGGCCAGCACACGCCUCCUGACCAAGCCCAAUGACAGUGCCAUGAGGGGAUAA